UUAAGCGACAAAGGCUGCAUCAAGAAGGCCAAGCUCAUACAUUCGAAGGGAAGAAAAAAUUAGGAGAGAGAGCUAGAAAUGGAUUCCUUGUGGGGACAGUUGAUCAUCUUCCUCCUCUCCUUCCUUGUGCUGUUAACCCUAAUCAAUCCCAUCUCUGCUCAGAACGCCUUCCUUAAAGCCUGCUUAGAGAGUGGAACCUACCAAAACAACAGCCAUUACCAGAAAAAUCUCGACACUCUCCUCUCAUCUCUUGCCCCCAACCUCAACAAAUACGGCUUCUACAACACCUCUGUCUGCCCAACUUCCAAAGACGCAAUCAAUGCCGUCGUGCUCUGCCGUGGCGACGUGAAGCCCGACAUCUGCCGGAGCUGCGUCAAAGACGCCGCCUCCAAAAUCAAACAGAUCUGUCCAAACUACAAGGCCGCCAUCGGGGGCUACGAUCAGUGCAUGCUGAGAUACCGCUCGCCCUACAAUAUUACCCUGGACAUGGAGAGGCCGAGCGUGUACGUGUAUAACGACAAGCACAACUUCACGAGUGCGGAUCGGUACAAAGAGGUACUGAGGGAGUUGCUCGGGCGCCUGCGGAGCCAGGCGGCGAAGGGCGGCUCCGACCUCAAGUUCGCCACGGGCAGCCAGCAGGGCCCGGACAAUCAAAAAAUAUACGGGAUGGCGCAGUGCGCGCCGGAUUUGUCGGAGAAACAGUGUAACGAUUGUGUGAAUGAGGCCAUCGGUGAACUGCCGGUGUGUUGCAAUAAUAGGAUUGGAGGGAGAGUUCUUAAAGUUGUCUGCAAUAUUCAGUAUGAGACCAAUUUCCAGUUCUACAAUCUCACCCGAUCCUUGAGUUGAGCUGCUUUUAUCGUAUAUAUAUAGAAGUUUAAUUCUUGCUUGCUUAUAAUAAGGGAGCGUGCAGAUUCGUCUCCUCCGGAAGGAUCUGCAAUAUCUCCAAGUAGUAGUAAUGAUCCAUCACCUUCAUCUUGUACAACAUUAAUGGGGAUUCUUCUCUGUACGUUAUUCACUCAUCACUGGUGGCUCUGAAAUGAAUAUUAUGUGAUCCGAUCUCUAUAUCAA